CUGUUCUGUUGCUUUUUGGUUUUUGCCUGUGAUUUACUGCAUUACGUUGCUUGGCUUGGAACGAUUACAAAUACUUCUUGUCACUUCUUGCGCAUUUGUGUGGUUGCCGUUCGCAAUCUCCUACGUACUCUCCCCCUCCGUCAAUCGCUGUGCCGUCCUCCGACCCGACCUUGGAAUAUCGCCGCCUGCUCGAUACCCUCGUUUAAGCCCAAAGAAGAGUCGAACGAUGCGUUGAAUGGUUUCAUAAUACUGGGAACAUGUCCUCCGAUGCAGCGACUUUACCUUCGCCGCCAGAUUUCGCGCAGUGGGCGAGCAACAAUCGCCCUCAAUCAAUUGUGAGUGGCAUGUACUCGAGCGGAGGGCAACCGGGUCGGUUCUAUGGGAAUGGCAACAACAACUCUCCACCGGCUGGGGGUGGACCGCCUCGGUUUCCGAAUAUUAAGGAUCUCCAGGACGAGGCGGCAUCGCUGGAUGUGAAUGGGAUUACUCCGUUGAGUAUAUUGAUGAAACGAGCAUACGAAGCAAUUGAAACUGCGAAAAGCCUUGCCGAUAAGGACAAGCCGGAUCAAGCCUACGUACAUUACCUUCGCGCCUCCGAGAUCACCGUCAACAUUAUCCCUCAUCACCCCGACUACAAAAUGACGGUCAAUCAAACACCUGGAUGGUACAAGCAGUUUGCAGAUUUGAUGAUGGCAGUGCGGACAAAACAAGGAACAAUGGACGAAAUCAAGAAACAGAUAAUCCAGGAUAAUCUCGUGAGCAACGUCCAGCCCUCGAGGGAAUCUGCGACAAACUCCCCGGCUCCUAGUGGCAGUUCAAGAGGUCGACCGGAGGAUUCAAGCAGCAGUUCAAUCCGGAUGCCGAGCCCGUCAGAAUACCAACGGUCAGCUAUGCAAGCCAAGUUGAACAACAACCGGUUUUCCGCGCCUGCGGAAGAUAUGCUAGCGCAGAGGUUUGCCAGAUUAAAAGCGACACCAUCCGCGACAAAUAACCAGAACUCCAUGGCUGUCGGACAGAAUGGAGCGCUGGCUAUGCCGGCGGCCUCAGGAUAUGUUGACAAUUAUCCCCCACGACCAUCAUCGAAUCUUUCCCAAACGACCGCUCCAUACCCUCCCCCUGUUCCUCCGCGCCGUCCCCUUGGCCCUCGGAGUAUGGGCUCCUCCCCCAGCGUACCCACACUACCACCAAAGAUUCCUCUAGACACCUCGCUGCCCCGCGCGCCGGAUCCAGCGUAUAGUCCGAUAUGGACCGUGCCGUCGCAACCACCCUCGAACCCCCCGCGUACUUCGACAGAAAUUUCGCGUGCCAACAACUCAAGAUAUUCACAUCUGGUUAAUUCUCCUAGUGCUAGUCCUAGCCGGAACAGCUUAUAUGAUCCAUAUCGGUCUCAGACACCCAACGGUAUACAUCCGGCGAAGAGCAGCACGGCCGACCUGCCACAUCGACCAGCGAUUGAGGCACAAGAGCUACUCGACUAUCUACGAGAAUACAACAUUCUACUGAUAGAUGUCCGUCCACGGGACCAGUACGACCAUGGGCAUAUCUACGCCAAAUCGGUAAUCUGUAUUGAGCCCGUCGCAUUGAAACCUAACGUGUCGGCCGAAGAGCUAGAGGAGCGGCUCGUGGUGUCGCCAGAACAUGAGCAGCCUUUGUUCGAAAGACGGAAUGAGUUCGACAUGGUUGUUUAUUAUGAUCAAUCGACGGACUCGGUCAGUUACCUCGCCGGGUCGCCAGUUGGGACUUCAGCGCCUCAUCUGCGGGCGCUUCAUGACACUCUCUACGAAUUCAACGCCUACAAACCAUUAAAGGAUGGGCGACCUCCAGCACUGUUACUGGGAGGCCUGGAUGCGUGGAUUGAUCUGCUUGGACAGCAGUCGCUAGCCACGUCGUCGACAGCAGUCGUCAUGGGAUCGAUCCAAGCAAAGCGGCCUGUUCGCAAGCCGGGGCGACCUCUAGGAAGAGUGCCAACCGUGGUGAGCGCGAAUUCCAGUCUGGAAGUGCGAAAGAGGCGGCUUCGCGAGUACAAACCUCUCAACCCCGAGGAGCUCACUGCGUGGAUGGAGAAGUCGAAGAACGAGGAAAUUGAUACGGUACAAGAGGAGGAAGAGCCUCUAACCGAAGAGCCGGAGGAAGUAGAUGGCGUUGAAGAGAAACCUACAAGUUCGCCGCCGUCGCCAUUCGUACAUACAUAUGAAGAUUUCUUACGCCGGUUCCCGGAGCCACAUGCGAUCCAGGAAUCGAUGACUGCGCCCCAUACUCGACCACUGGCACCACCUCCCCUGUCCACCUAUGCGGCUCCUCAAGUUCCACAAGCGCCAUCGCGGCCUCCACCCGCCGUGCCCCGGCCGAAAUACAGUGGGGUGUCGGAAGGACGACAGAUCCAGCCGCCGCUAGAACGACAAAACUCGGCGAAUAGGACAGCACUAUACCCGUCAGGUCUGAACCGACCAAAGUUGCCGCGAACGGGGCUGACGAACUUUGGCGUCACGUGCUACAUGAACUCGACACUGCAGUGCCUCAGCGCGACGAUGACGCUGAGCAAGUUCUUCAACGACAACCGGUUCCGGAUCUAUGUACAGAAGAACUGGAAGGGAUCGCAGGGGGUGAUGCCGGGGUUGUUUGCGAAUCUGAUCCGGUCGCUGUGGAGGGGUGAUGUGCAGGUGAUCGUACCGACAUCGUUCCGGAAUUUCUGCGGGCGGUUGAACCAGGAAUGGGCGAUCGACCGCCAGCAGGACGCUAAGGAGUUCUUUGAUUUCUUGGUAGAUUGUCUGCACGAGGAUCUGAACAUCAACUGGCAGCGCACGCCGCUGCGGCCGUUGACGUUUGCCGAGGAGAUGCAACGGGAGCGCAUGCCGGUCCCGAAGGUGUCGCGGAUCGAGUGGGAUCGGUACUGCCACCGGGAAGAAUCGUUCAUCUCGUCCUCAUUUGCGGGACAGCACGCGAGUCGACUACGAUGCACGACGUGCCAGCGCACGUCGACAACAUACGAAGCAUUCUACAGCAUCAGCGUGGAAAUCCCCACGUCAGGCACGGGGGACAUCUACAGCUGUCUACGCAGCUACACGCAGGAGGAAAUGCUAAGCGGCGACGAGGUCUGGAAGUGCCCGUACUGUAAAUGCGAACGAGUCGCAACGAAAAAGAUAAUCAUCACGCGAGCGCCCCAGAUCCUCGUGGUCCAUUUCAAGCGCUUCUCCGCCUCAAAAACACAGAGCGCACGCAAGAUCCACACACCAAUAGACUUCCCGCUGUACGGAUUAAGAAUGGACCCAUUCGUGAUAUCCUCGCCUCCUCCCCUAUCUUCAUCCUCUUCCCCAGAACCAGGCCAGCCCACUCCGACCCCGACCCCAACCCCGAUGGGAGCGACCGUGCCCCCGUUCACAUAUGACGCAUACGGGGUCCUGCGCCACAUCGGGCCGUCAAUGGGUAGCGGACACUAUAUCUCGCUCGUGCGGGAUGCACAGCGUCAUUGCUGGCGGAAGUUUGACGAUGAUCGGGCGACGGACUUUCAGCCGCGCGAACUGCGGCAUAAGGAGCGGUUGCAGAACGAGCAGGCGUAUAUUGUGUUUUACGAGCGGGUUCCUGCGAAGUAGAUUUGUCAUUCUUUUUUUUUUAUCACAUUUGUUUAUAUUAUGACCGUGAUGGGCUUGGUACUAGAGGCGUUGGAUAUUUUUUGAUUUCGGAUGUAUUAUGAGCAUUGACGAGUGACGAAUAUGCAUGUGUUAUCGGUAACUGAACAUAGUCAAAUGUACUGAAGAGUACGAAGAGAGUAUAUAAUUCCGCGCGGGGUCGAUGGUGGAUGAUAGACUAAUCCCGACAGCAGGAACCGGGGGGAGGCCGAGGUUAAGAACGGUAUUAUUGCACGGAUAAACUGUAUGCGGACAGACAUGCCAGAUGUAGAUACUGGGGAGACAUUCUAAUAAGCCCGGUUUGAUUGGCACCGGGCAGAAUCAGCGGAUAGACCGCCGGCAAUAUCUCACGGUCUGGAUCGGCAGUCUUCUUUUCUUUUCCUUUCUCUUAUUCUACUUAUCUUACUCUCUCAC